CCGUCCACUUGUUUCGAGAGAUUCCUAUUUAAGGCUAGGACAUGGCCGACGUUACCAACAAUACUUUGAAUCCGGAUGAGAGCACAAAGCCAGCAACUGACUACAUUGGCAAGCCUCAUGCAGCAGCUGUAGAUGAUGAGGGCGAAAGGCCUACACCAUCAGUGGGCAUUGGGCUUUUCGAUGAGCUCAACGAUCUGAAAAAGAAGAUCGCGGAGCUCGAGGCGCGUCAGGCCAAACCCUGCCUUGCAGGAUCUGAGACAGCAGGAACCGAUCCCAAAGUCAUGGCUGAUAUGGAAAAAUACAAGCGAAUGGAAGCCUGCUUGUAUAAGCAUCGGAAAGAGUGGGAGCUUAACAUAGGGCCAGGAAAGUGGUCAUCCGCAUUCGCAUCCGCACGUGAUCUGGAUUUUGGUGCACAACAUUGGGAUGUGUUUUCCAUGCGAAUUGACGCAGAAAAUUCGUACAAGCGGCCAGAUGUCUUUGAUUCUGACCACGAUUGCGGCCCCAAGGGUACGGCUCAUCCAGAGGAGGAUGGAAAAGAUUGUAAGGACGAUUACGACAUGAACAUCGACUGGGGCAACCGCCGAGACAGAGUACGCAAGUAUUUCGAAUGGGAGUUGGAGCGCCUAUUCUUGGCUGAAGAGCUGCAACUGAAAAAACAAGCCGAAAUCAAGAGUGCCAAGGAGCAGAAGCGGCGAGAGCGUCGUAUAAUGGUACCUGAUAUGAAUAGCGUGCUUGACGAGAAUCAGAAGACGGAUGGUACAGUGCAGGUUCUCACUGGUUCUGCCGCACCCAGGCUCAACCCUCUGGAGUGGUAUCAGUUCAAGCAUCUAGCGCGUAUCAGAGAGCAGGAUGCAAAUGUUGUCGACAUCCUCAUUGGUGAACCUGUCAUUGACGAUGAUGUGGGGGCAAACCAGUUCUGGUUUGGCUACUCUGGACGUCGAUCAACCAGGGAUAUGGCCAAAUCCACCGGCCAGAAGUCAUUUGAUCCCAAGGAACCCGGCAAAACACCACUUCCAGAGAGAAUCAGGAUACACUCUGAUGCUCUUUUAAGGAUCUUUGUUGAAAUUCUUGGAUCGGAAGGGAGAUCGCUGGCUGACUCGGAAAGGGAGGCCGCUGUAUUCAUCAGGCCCUACAAGGCGCUCGCCUAUCGAGAACACGCACUGCGAGACUGGUGUACGGCGCUAGAGAAGAAGCUAAGAAGGACGUCCACCAGCCAGCGGAAUUCUACAUAUACCGAGGCCUCAGUCAUCAACGCAGAACGGAGUGUUGAGAUUGCUCCGGUAAAGGGGCAGCUUACCAAUGACAUGGUUACUGAGAGUAAAUCUGAAGUAUCCACCGACCCCUCAGCACUGGUAGUCACAGCCAGAGGACACGCAGAAAGCACUUUGAGAGUUGUUGAGCCUCUAGCUGACCAAACCGAAGAAUCAGACGGCGAAGGCGAACGGGAAGAGAACGAAAGCGAAGGAAACGACCUAACAAAGUCAUCGACAGCACUAGAGCAUUUGAAAUGUCUCCUUCAAUUCCUAGAUUCCAGCGUUGGAGCAAAACGAGACUACCUCAACGGACCUCUAUGUCGAAAAGUUUUCUUCUCCGACCUCUGGUACCUGUUUCGUCCUGGCGUCGAGGUAAUAAGUAGCGACGGAAAGCAGGCUUACAAAGUCAUCAGCGUUACCAGUGAAAAGCACCGCAUCGUCCCUUCCUGGCAGAAGUGGUGGAAUCCUCCAGAUAGUCGAGAGGAUAAGGACCGGAAGAAGGCAGCCUUCAGUGUCAACUGCGUAUACAUAGAUUUUGAUGGGAAAAAUAUAGGUCCUGUAGAGAAAUUUUUCGACUUCAAACGAUUUGACGGCGAAAGGGAGGUCACUUCCUUAGAGAUAUAUCCUCUUCGUUUCCACCCUGUCAGACGGUCCGAGUACAGCGAUGCGGAGUGGAAAGAGCUAGAGCAUUACCCUGCUCAGGAAAGGUACCGGCAGAAACUCAUACUUCGAGGCACUAAGUUUCUUGACGUCGUUGGAGUUAAGCAUAUGUACUAUGCUGGACCAACGCUGGAAGUGAAAGACGAAGUAGAGAGUCCAGUUGUUAUCGAUUUCGAAACAGCAUUCACCAUGAGAGACGAUCAUACGGUAUUGAGAAAUCAGGGGCAAAGCGUGUGGAAGCCGGAGCUCAUCACCCUAAUUGGUAGUGUCGAAGCCGAAGAAAGCAUCGAUAUUGUCCCUGGCUCUUGCAGGGGUGACUGCUGUCAGAAUGACUAUGUGCACGACGACCAAUAUGUUGAUCAAAAGCAGAGGUCCGAGUAUAUCAAUAGCCUGCUGCCUAAUUCAAUCAGCCUAGACGAACAGCCACCGAUUACUAUCAUGCCUCGUCCGCUAAAGGAACUGCAGACGGGCCCCGAGGGCAACGCAACAUGUUCCGAAGACGAACUCGUCAUCAUGUCGUAUCGUGUAUUCGGCUUCGUUCUGCGGAGUCGAAAAUGGGCUAAACUGGACCUGUCGCAUCUGACCGAAGUUCAUCCGCCGGAAGCACCGCCUAUGACGGCCGCUACAGCGGGGAAGGGCACUUCGCACCAACAAAGGAAGGAACACGAGCCUUCACUAGUCUUUAAUCGUCUCGUACUCGAAAAGGGGCAUCGCUCCAUGGUUGUAUCACUCAUUGCCCAACACUUUCGGGAUAAGAAAUCUAUUACAGGUCAAAGAGAGGAGUUCGAUCUCGUAAAAGGAAAAGGAAAAGGUCUGAUCUUACUUUUGCAUGGCGCCCCUGGAGUAGGGAAGACUUCCACUGCUGAAGGGGUCGCAGAAUUGUUCCAAAAGCCGUUAUUUCAGAUCACAUGCGGCGACCUUGGAACAACCGCAACAGAAGUCGAAACCGCCUUGGAGAUGAACUUUUCGCUUGCUAAUAAGUGGGAUUGUAUUCUUCUCCUCGAUGAGGCCGAUGUCUUCUUAGCAGAGAGGACAAAAGAAGACUUCAAGCGAAACGGACUCGUUGCUGUCUUCCUACGCCUCAUGGAAUAUUACUCAGGUAUCCUCUUUCUGACAACCAACCGCGUCGGCGACUUUGACGAAGCCUUCACCUCGCGUAUCCAUGUCAGUCUCUACUACCCUGAACUCAAUAUAGACAAGACCGUUCAGGUAUUUAAAAUCAACAUGGAAAUGAUUCAGGCCCGAUUCGAUACCAAAAACCGCGUCAUUAAGAUUGAUAGAGAGAAUAUCGCCGCCUUCGCAGCCAAAUACUUCGCCACGUACCCAGAUGCACGCUGGAACGGUCGCCAGAUCCGCAACGCAUGCCAGACAGCAGUGGCUCUGGCGGAAUUCGAGGCCCAAAAUAGAGGUCUGCAAGAUACGGAGAAUCCGGAUACGGUUGUAAAUCUGAGAGUUGAGCAUUUCGAGGUUGUGAGAAAUGCGUACCUUGAAUUUACGAAGUAUAUGCACGAUUUGCAUGGCGCCAAUUCUGCACGGAGGGCGAAGGAGGGGAAGUUACGAGCUAUCUGGAUUGAUGAAAACGACCGCGUGGUGAGGACCCAGAACAUGGGCGGUACAGGGUUGGAUAAGAAGAACGCAUUCUUGCUUGCUUCACAGAGCCAGCCAAGCUAUCCACAUGGACAUUCACCUCAGCAGAGCUUCGAGAAGUCGUUUUUUGGGCAGCAACCAGGAGCUUACCCACAGCCGGGUUACCAGCAGCCACAACAACAGCAGCAAUACUACCAGAACCCUAACCACAACCAAGGGUUCAACCCGCAGCAGCCGCAAUACAAAAUUCCUCCACAAGGACAGAUGCAAGGACAGCCGUCCACUUUUAGCGAGAAUUGGAACAACCAAGGCGCGGGGAAUUCUGGUACUUUCUCUCCAGCCCCUCAGAACGGAGGACACUUAGCCGACUCUGUUCCACCGAGACAGCAAGUGACGCCUUCGCCGCAACCUCAACAAACACAACCAAAUCCGCGAUGGUUAGACGAAAACAUCAAAAACAUUUAUGUAGCAUCUGGUCAGCGGGUUGAUGGACAAGCAACGGCUGGGACGGGUGGGGCCAUCGGACAGGGAUGGAAUUGCCCCUGUGGAAAUUCUAAUCCUGUGCAUUCAGGGUUUUGUUCAAACUGCGGGGGGAAAGCGCAACGACUAUAAGGUUGGAUUUUUGUUUCAAAAGGCUAUAGAGGUUAAAUUAUAAAUUCCACCCUCUAGGGCGUAAUCGAUACCCGUUCAAAAUUGAUAGUUUCAAGUAGUAGCAGUAGUUGUAGUCGCUAUAUCCUGUCGUUUGCGAUGGAUGACUGACUGUUGGCAUGAGAACCAUGGCUGAG